UGCAUGCGCCUUGCCACUCCAUGCAUGCGCCUUGCCACUCCAUGCAUACGCCUUGCCAGUCCCCGCAUGCGCCUUGCCAGUCCCUGCAUGCGCCUUGCCAGUCCCUGCCAGAGCCCACGGAACUUCCCCGCCAGGGUGCACUGGGCUGUGCUGCAAGGAACACAACUUCACUCUGUCCCUCCGUUCCCCUAUUCCUCCUUACCUUGCUCUGUUGUUUUCCCAUGCUGCUGCCAUGCCAUCCCCAACGCUCGUCCCUCCCUUUCUCCUUUUCUAUUCCUCUUUUCCUCCCGCCCUCCGUUCAUCUCCCUCCCUUGCUCUGUCGACCCUCAGAUGGCAGGAGGAGCAAGCAGCAAAGAAGAUACUUCCAGCCAGGAGCCACCGGCCGCUGCUGCUGCCAUUUCUAACGCUCAAAAUUUCUCCAUUCCUCUGUUCCUCCUUUCCACACUUCCUGGCUCUGUUGGCCCUCAGAUGGCAGGAGGAGCAAGCCGCAAAGAAGAGGCUGAGGAAAGCGGCAAAGGCGGAGGCGAGAAAGGGGGCAGAGGCAGGCAUGGGAGGGAAGGCAAUAUCCCAGGAGGGACAUGGGCCGACCUCGGUGGUGAUGCAUGCAGCGCCCACACUUUCCACGUGAGGGAGCUGCCACCGCUGGCAACAUUCCUCUGUGCUGGCAGCAUCAUGAUGCCAGCGUCGUUUUGCUGCCAGGAGCGCAUGGAUGCUUCCAGAACGCUGCUGGCAGCACGUUGGCAGCGCUCUCUAACCAUGCGCAGCAAAGUACCAGUAGGCAAGUCCUCACCUCGUCCUCACGUGCAGGUUAAUAACUACGGGCGAAUUAACUCGCCCGGCGAUGACAUCCGUGUAGCCAUGGCGAAGAACGCGAGCAAGGCGGCAAGUCCUACCGCCGCCUCCGGUGCGAGCUGUGACGGGGACGAAGCGAACGGCGACGACGCCGAGGAGGAUUGGCCGGAGAACGGCCACGACGACAGCGCUUCAGGCGACGAUGUAGGUCCUGCUGACAUCGAGGAGGACGACUGGUGGAAUCGGCCGGUCGGGAGCGACGACGAGGUGGAAGAGUGGCAUGUUGGUGAUUCCGACAACGACGGAGGUAAAGAUGCGCAUGGUAACAACGCGGAGGCAGCGGCGGAUGCACAGGAAGCGACGUCCAAGUCAAAGCGGGCCCGCGUGGUGCUCUCUGACGACGACGGUCCGGGGGAGGAGCGUCGCCCGAUACUCACCGCUGCGGAGAAGGGGAAAGCCAAGGUCGCGGAAGCCCCUGCUAAGGCCCCUGCUAAAGCCCCUGCUCGUCGCCGCACAAGCAACAAGAAGCUGACAUCCGACGGAGACCCGGGAUCCAGCAAGGGUGCGGCUAAGAAGAAGGCGAAGAAGGCGCCGAAUCCUGACGACAUCGUCGUGAACGAGCCGCUGGCAGCGACGAUGAGAAUCGUGGUCCAAGCACAGGACAACGGGUGGAUGGACGAGACCGCUGUGCAGACCUGGCUGUCCAAGGAGGUGCUGCCCCAUCUGAACCCCCAGCGCGGCCAGAACGCAAGGCAGGCGAUGCUGGUGUUGGACUCCUACCGCGGUCACAUCACCCAGACCAUGCUUCAGUCGUACCGCACGCACAGCAUCACCCCUGCAGUCAUCCCAGCGGGUUGGAACCUGCGGAGGCCUCCGCACCCCGUGGUGCUGCAGUGGAUCGCGGAGGCUUGGGAUCAAGUCCCCAAGCAGAUCAUCAUCGACGCGUUCCGCCACUGUGGGAUCUCGAGCAAGCUAGACGGAACAGAGAACCACCUGGUGAUGUCUCACCUGCGCGCCAGGAGCACCACCGAUGUCUCCGCGGACAUGUCUCUCGGGGGGACCACAGGCGACAACACGCGCCUGCUCGGUCGGGCUCCAGAGGAGGAGGAGGAGGAGGCGAUGCAGGCGGAGGGCGUGCGGGAGGUGGCGUGGCAACCGGCCUGGAGGUGCUCCACAGCAGAAGCCGCAGCAUCGGAAGCAGAAACAUCAGCCUGCACUGCAGUAGUCGGGGAUCCUAGCGGAGAUCCUUGUAAAGGAGAUGCUACUAACGGAGAUGAACCUAAAGGGGAAGCUGCAGAUCUGCCGUUGCUGUUGUUUAUGCCCAUCCACCAGUCCUUGCCCUCCCCAUGUGCCAACGCCACAGCAGCAGGUGCAUCAGGGGACGCAGACUGA